AUGAUUAAAGAGGUGGAAAAACUGCAUGAAAAUGGUGGAUUUUGUUAUGGUUUGCUAAUUGAUGAUCCAACUUGUGGACACGCCAUACCAGCAGCGGAAUCUUUGGCUGAAACCACAAGUGUAAGGAACAAGGAGAAAAUUUGGAAUUUCUUGAUGGAUGAUGCGGUUAGAAAAAUCGGUGUUCGGGGAAGGGGGGGAGUUGGCAAAACAACCAUCAUGAAACACAUCAAUAAUCAAUUUUGGGUUGAAACUUGUACCUUUAAUGAUGUUAUUUGGGUUACAGUAUCUAAAGCAUUUAAGAUAAAAAAUCUACAAAGGCAGAUAGCUAAGAAACUGAAUCUUGGUCUUUCCGAUUAUGAGGAUAAAUUACGUACAGCAUCAGAAAUACAAAACAUGCUUUCCCAAAAAAAGAGGUAUGUGCUCAUCUUAGACGAUCUUUGGAAAGCAUUUCCUCUGGAGGAGGUGGGUAUUCCAGAACCAACCAGAGAUAACGGAUUGCUUGAUCCACAAGUGAAAGAAACUGCAGAAAGAGUUGCCAAAAAAUGUGCGCGUCUGCCCCUUGUAAUUGUUACUGUAGCUAGAAAUAUGAAAGGAGUGAAUGAAAUUCACGAGUGGAGAAAUGCAGAGCAGAUUAUGGACAAAGAGAAAGGGCUAUUUAAGCGGCUUAAAUUUAGUUAUAGUUGCCUAAAAGAUGAACAAGCACAACAUUGCUUCUUGUAUUGUGCAUUGUAUCCAGAAGACUGUAGCAUUGGUAGGGAAGAAUUGAUAGAGUAUUGGAUUGCUGAGGGACUAAUACGUGAGAUGGGCAAUAGAGAAUCAAUGUACAGCAAAGGUCACACUAUAUUGAAUAAACUCAUUAAUACUUACUUGUUGGAAGAAGGUGAAUGGAAAGAAUCUGUGAAGAUUCAUGAUUUGAUAAGAGAUAUGGCUCUCAAAAUAACAUCAACUAGUCCUCGAUUCAUGGUCGGAGCUGGUGAGGGAUUAAAAAGAGCUCCACAGAAAGACUGGUCUGACGAUCUUGAAAGGGUUUCCUUAAUGCGGAACGAUAUUGAAGAACUUCCUUCUGAACCACCCAUUUGCCCUCACCUCACCACCUUCCUAUUUCAACGCAAUUGGUCAAAAGUACUUCAGAUUCCAGGUUCUUUCUUUAUGCGUAUGCCUCGUCUCAAGGUGUUGGAUUUGUUCGACACUGCCAUAGAGUCUCUGCCAAAUUCCAUCUCCAUGUUGGAGAAUUUGCAUCAACUGUUACUACGUCAUUGUUAUGAACUAAAAUAUGUGUUGUCACUGGAGAAACUAAAGGCAUUGGAACAUUUUGAACUAACUCAUAGUCAGAUUGAAGAAGUACCCCAAGGUAUAGAAGAAUUGGUUAAUCUCAGAAAGCUUGAACUCUCGGAGAAUGACAUCCUAGAGUUUACAAAGUAUGUGAAAUCUGUGCAAUGCAAAAGUUUGGAAAGGAACAACCUUGAGGUGGGAAUUGUUGAAGAGGAAGUAAGUUGUAACUACAACUCUAUAUAUUUUUCAAGUACUGGAGUAGAAGCCGUAGUUCUCCCCCGCGACAUAGAGGACUUGAGAAUUAGAAGAUGGGACAAUCACAUUAGCUUAACAGAUAUUCAGUCGUUAAGGGAUGCAAGAGGUUUAAGAAAAUUUUCAAUCGAAGAGUGUGAUGGCCUUGAAUCCGUCUUUUCAUCAUCAUCAUCAUCAUCAUCAUCAUGCUUUUCAGAAGACCACAUCCCGCUAACAAGGGUUGAAGAAUUAGAGUUUUGGAAUUUACCCAAUUUUAGGGUACUCUUUGACAGAGUUAUUCCACCACACAACAUUUCAUUUAACCUUAAGAUAUUGAAGUUGUGGGAAUGUCCGAAAAUGGAGAGUAUUUUCCCUGCCCUGUUGUUGCAGAACUUCCCAAACCUUGAGGAACUUCGAGUGUAUGAGUGCGAGAAUGUGGAGGAGAUAAUAGUAGAAGUAGAGACGAGUGAUCGAGGGGGGCAUUGUGAAGAUGAUGGCAACACAAUCACACUCCCAAAUUUAAAAAAAUUAUAUCUACAAAACCUACCAAGAUUGAAGAGCAUAUACAAGGGCAUAAUGGUCUGUGAAUCUCAGCAAGCAAAUUAUAUACUGCACUAUCCCAUGUUAAGGAGAUUGGCUAUUUCUUUGCACAUGAAUGAGGAUGGUGAGCAAGCUUCUGCACCACCUGCUCUUCAGCGAAUUCGUGGAGAAGAAGAAUGA